AUGUAUAGAUCUGGCGUGGUCAUGGCGUGGAACGUGUUCAAGUUUUGCACGGCCCUGAGGGGGCUUGGGUCCAUCAUGAUACUGUUGGUCCUCGGCGUCGUGGGCGUUAGCUAUUACGCGGUGGUGAUUACAAAUUACGGGCCGGGACUCGCCGUCGGCGGCCUUGAUUCGCUCGUCGCCUUCUUCAUUUUGAUCUUGUUUCACGGUCUGUUGGUGAUGCUAUUAUGGAGUUAUUUUUCGGUUGUAUUUACUGACCCGGGUAGCGUGCCUCCAAAUUGGCGACCAGCGGUAGAUGAAGAAAGAGGAGAUAGUGACCCAUUAACAGCUACAGAAUUUCCAGCCGACUCGGAGAAUGGUAGAAUACGGUAUUGUAGAAAAUGCAACCAGUUGAAGCCACCUCGAUGUCAUCACUGCUCUGUUUGUGGGAGGUGUAUACUGAAGAUGGAUCAUCAUUGUGUUUGGGUUGUCAACUGUGUUGGGGCAUUGAACUACAAGUAUUUCCUUCUCUUCCUGUUCUAUACAUUCCUUGAAACUAGUGUUGUUACCUUAUCAUUACUGCCACAAUUCAUUGCUUUCUUUGGUGAUGAUAAGGAGGUUGAGAUGUCUUUAGUGAACUUUGCUUAUGAGAAAAAGACUUCUCCAAAAUGGCGUUAUGAUCUUGGACGAAAGAGAAACUUUGAGCAGGUGUUUGGAAUGGACAAAAAGUAUUGGUUCUUACCGGCUUACACUGAAGAAGACAUACGCCGGAUUCCAGCUCUUCAGGGUCUUGAAUAUCCUUCGAAACCCGAUUUGGACUCUGAAGAACUCUGA